AUGUCUCGACUCUGUAGUAACGAUUGGUCCAUUGGACCCGGUGCCAAUUGUCGGCCACUGGACUUUACCCUCCUGUUCAGUGAUGUCUUCUUCGCCUUCAUCCCGGCCUUGUUCCUCCUCGUCCUCGCAUCCGCACGAUUCACUCGACUCGUACGGAAGCCACGGAGACUCUUACCUCUCAAUCAAGUUCCCUUCCAUGGCAGUCUCCUGCUCAUUUCCCGAGUCGCACUCUCCAUCGGCUUUCUCGGCAUCAAUGUUGCGACGUGGGUCAGGUGGGAACUCACCUCGCCCGUCGCUGGCAAGUGGUCUGGACUCUUGGCCAACUGCUUCCAGACUCUUGCAUCGCUGGCCCUGUUGUUGAUCAUUCCGCUGGAACAUUUUCGAUGUAACAGACCUUCACAACCCCCCGCGCUGUACCUUUUGGUGAAUGCCCUAUUCAUCGCUGUCCGAAUCAGGACCUACGCUAUCUUGAAUCUGGAUUUGACCACCGAGCUCGGCGUCUGUCUGGCCCUCAACUGUGCCCUGUUUUUGGCCUUGCAAUUUUCCGCAAGGAGCUCGUUAGAGAAUGGCGCAGAUCUACCGCCAACCGCUACGGCCGGGCUCCUCAACCGAUACCUUAUCGUCUGGGUCUUUCCGGUUUUGAUCAGAGGCUUCAAGAAACCUCUCGAGAUGGACACCGUAGGUGCCAUCGACACCAACCUGCAUUCUCUACCCGCGUGGGAAACUUUUAGACCGGUAUGGGAGAAAAAUCUCGCCAGGUCAUCCCAAGGCAAGACCAAACAGCCAAUGGUCUGGACUAUCUUGCGUGCUUUCAUGAUGGCCUGGCUUGCACCCGUCCUACCCUACGCCAUCUCGUCGCUUGUCUCCUUGGCGAGGCCACUGUUGCUCAACAAGACAGUGCUAUUCGUCGAAUCCUACAGCACACCCGAACCUCAGGCCGUCGGCGAUGGAUGGGCGUUGGUGGGGGCGGCCGCACUCAUCUACCUGGUUUACUCAAUCUCGCUCGCCCUCGCUCACAUUGCCACUCAACGCUGCGCCACCGCACUUCGUGGUGCGCUCAUGGAGGCGUUGUACCGGAAGAGUCUCGUUAUCAAGGUCGAUGCGGCGAGAGAAAUGGGCGCAGCCAAGGCCAGCAACUUGAUGAGCGUCGAUGUCACCAUGAUCACUCAGACCUGCGUCUCGAUCCAUCAGUUCUGGACAGCUAUCCUGAUGACUGGCUUUGCAAUGUACAUUAUUUGGACCCAAUUGGGACUAUCUUUCCUAUCGACGGUGAUUGGUUCGAUCGUCUUCUUUGCUCUCCUUCCAGUCUUGACCAAAGACAUCUCCGCAGGCAGGAAGGCGUAUGGUGCUGCAACUGAUGCCCGAGUCAAAUUCACCGCCUCGGUUCUGCGUCACAUCAAAGCCGUCAAGAUGUCUGCCUAUGAAUUCCAGGUCAUCAAGACCGCCGUCGACAUGCGAAAGGACGAGAUCGAUAAGUUGAAAUACUGGAUCCGAGAGAUUCUGAAAGUCUCCAUCAUGACAAAUUGGCUCGGAGGCUUCUUGAAUCUUAUCACGAUCAUCACCUUCACGGUGGUUUCCAUCUACACCUCGAACGCCAAUAAUGUCAAUACCGCAAAGAUCUUCACAGUCGUCUCCACCAUAAGCAUCAUUUCCGAACCCUUGUUGAUGCUAGGACAGCAACUCAGCUCCAUGGUCAGUGCCUAUGCCAGCUUGAAGCGAAUCGAAACUUUCCUCAUGCUGGAGGAGAGACAAGAGCCGAUGAUGGAAGAACCAGAAAAGGACCUGUCCGAAAAGGAGAGCCAGUGUCGGGUCGAAUUCCACAACGCGUCUUUCGGUAUCAAGGACAAAGCGACCAUUUUGAAAAAUCUCAACGUCCACCAAGUGGACCCUUCACUUUGGAUGAUUGUCGGCAAAGUUGGUUGUGGAAAGUCCACUUUCCUCCAGGCCAUACUGGGCGAACUGGAUUUGAUAGGCGGCACGUCCAAUGUGCAGCUCUGUGCCGCUGGAUACUGCACCCAAGACCCUUGGCUCACUGUCAACAACUCGAUCCGACAAAACAUUACCUUUAUGCAUCCGUACGACGCCAAAUGGUACAGUAGAGUCAUCAAGGCUGUGGCCCUGGAUGUCGAUCUGGCGAUCAUCAAAGGUGGAGACACAGUACCAGUCAGUGCGCUCAGUGGAGGGCAGAAACAAAGAGUUGCUCUUGCUCGAGCUGUCUAUGGUCGAUUCCAGACUUUGAUCCUAGAUGACGUCUUCUCGGCACUCGACGCAGAGACUGAAGCUAGGGUGUUCAACGAGCUCUUUGGCCCCAACGGUCUCCUGCGAGGCAAAUCUGUCAUUCUUGCCACCAACCAAGUCUAUCGAUUCUCCAACGCGUCGCAUCUUACAGUCCUGCAAGAGGGAGAAAUCAUCGAGCAGGGUGAUUACAAGAGUCUACUUGCAAAGGAGGACGGCAUGAUCUCCCAGCUCGUCAAGGAAUUCGCCGCUGGCAAGAAGGAUCAACCUGAUGAAAUCGUCGGCCAAGAGAUUGCCCAGCUCGAUGAUCUGACUGAGCCCGCCGAAUCUCAAGAACAGGACCCAGAAAAGGUCGAGAAGCGAGAAGGUGCCAGAGGAGCUGUCAAUUGGUCCACCUACCUCUUGUACCUCAAAGGCAUGGGUUACGUCUACUCUGGAUUCUGGGUCGGAAUGGUCGUCGCAAGCACCGCCGUGUACACCUGCAUCAAUGUCUAUCUGCAGGCUUGGACACAGAGCCUGCAGGAUGCCCCGCGCUCCAAAUAUGCAGCGUUCCUCGGUGGAUACGCCGGUAUGCAGGUCGGCUACCUUAUCUGCUUUUCGACUGCCAUCAUGUUCUGCUUUCUAUAUGCCCACCCUAUCGCCAGUUUCCGACUUCACGCAUGGCAGAUCAAAGGGUUGCUUUCGACAUCGCUCAGCUACUUUGACUCUCGUCCCAUUGGAGAGAUGGUCAACCGAUUCAACACGGAUCUCAAUCUCACCGAUCUCGUUCUUCCCAAUCAUGCGGUCAAUUUCAUGUUCAUCGCUACCAAAAUCAUGGGGAGUUUUAUUAUCAUUACAGUUGCGGGACCUAUCAUGGCGGCUGUCCUAGUCGGAACAGCGAUCUUCAUGUGCUUCAUCCAAAGGUUCUACGUCCGAGGAGGCAGGGAACUACGACGUCUCGACCUCACAUCAAAGUCUCCCAUCUACACCUUGUUCUCUGAAACCAUUGAUGCGGAUGGUCUCCGGACCAUCCGAGCCAUGAAGGCUCAAGAGAUGUGCUUGAGAAUGAUGACAGAAAGGUGUACCGCCUCUCAGCACCCAGCCUGGCUCUUGAUGGCCAUCCGAAAAUGGCUAGAGCUCGCCCUCAACUUGUGCGUACUUGUCGUCAACACGCUCUUGGUCGUCAUUGCCGUCAUCAAUCGCCACUCUGUCUCCGCUGGUAUCUUGGCCCUUGCCAUGUCUGAAGCAGCUGGACUCAACUUGGAUUUCAUGCUUCUCAUUGUGGAAUGGACCAAUGUCGAAAUGUCAAUCACAUCCAUCGAGCGGAUUCAAGAGUACAUCGAGCUUCCUCCACAGGAAAAGAUUGUCAUGUCUGAAGAUGCUACGAAUCCUGAUUGGCUGAAACGAGGAGCCAUCCGGUUCAACAAUGUCUCUGCAAGGUAUGCUCCAGAGCUGGAGCCGGCCGUCAGAGACGUCUCCUUCUAUGUGAAGCCUGGUCAGCGAGUCGGUAUCUGUGGUCGAAGUGGAUCAGGCAAGAGUACACUUUUGAGCGUAUUGUGGCGGAUGAUGGAUCACGAAGCUGCCAAGGGCGGCAUAUUCGUCGACGGUAUCGACAUUCGUCAAAUUCCUCUCCAGACGUACCGGUCAGCCAUGUCCAUCAUUCCACAGGAUCCACUGAUUCUCGAAUUGAGUCUUCGAGCCAACCUUGAUCCCGAGGGUCUACACUCUGAUGCAGCCAUUUGGGAGGCAUUGGAUCAAGCUCAACUCAAAUCUCACGUCGAGACGCUUGAAGGAAAGUUGGACGAAGUGAUGGCUGGCGAUGGUGGAUCAUUUUCGCGAGGUCAACGACAGCUCUUGGCGCUGGCUCGAGCAAUCCUUCGACGUAGACCGAUCCUGGCGUUGGAUGAGGCUACUUCCUCGAUUGACGCGAGAACAGACGCUGCGAUUCAGGAAACCAUUCGCUCGGCGUUCGACCAAGCGACCGUCUUGACCAUUGCGCACCGAAUUAGCACCAUUAUCGACUAUGACAAGAUUAUCGUCAUGGAACAGGGUAACAUUGUUGAGAUGGGAGAACCGCAAGAAUUACUCUCUCGACCAGACGGCGCUUUUAGACGAUUGGCAGUGGAAAGCGGGGCGGUUGAUGCUCAGAUGGGAGGCGAAGGAAGUCAAGGUCAGACUCAGCUCGCUAUCAGACCGGAGAGGGCGGUUCACAGUGAUGACGAGGACGAGGAGUAG